AUGGCGGUCGAGGUUGUCAAAGCUGAGGCGGCUCCAGAGUCGUCUCCGGCGCCGGCAACGGUAGAACAAAAGUUCGGAAAGGAUGAGCCGGAGCCAGAGCCGGAGCUGGAGCCAAAGGCCGUAGAGAAAAUCUCCUCAUACAGACAGGAGACCAAUUUUCCGUCCGAUUUGAAAGAUCACGAGAAGAAAGCACUGAACGAGCUGAAAAAGAAGCUCGAAGACGCCAUUAAUGGAAACACGCUUUUCAAAAAAUCCCCUGAAAAGAAAGAGGAAUGCUCGGAAAAUCUACCAACCGAAGGGAAAACCGAGAAGAAUAAUAAUGAGCCCGAGCCCGACUCGUUUUCAAUCUGGGGCAUUCCCCUGCUUCCGAGCAAAGGGGACGAGAGGACAGAUGUCGUGCUGCUAAAAUUUCUCCGGGCCCGCGAAUUCAAAAUCAACGACUCAUUCGAGAUGCUUACCAAAACUCUCCAAUGGCGAAAGGAAUUCAAAGUCCAUACAAUCUUGGAUGAGGAAUUCGGGCCGGAUCUUGGCCCGGUGGCCUAUAUGAGUGGCACCGAUUUUCGGGGCCACCCGAUUUGCUACAAUAUAUUCGGGGUUUUGGAGAAAGGAGAGGUUUAUGAAAAGUUGCUAGCUUCUGAUGAAAAGCGGGAACGGUUUUUGAGGUGGCGAGUUCAGCUCAUGGAGAAAGGAGUGGAGAAGCUCGAUUUUAGGCCCGGCGGUGUGAAUUCGCUUGUUCAGAUCAACGAUAUGAAGAAUUCUCCGGGCCUGUCGAGGAAGGAGGUUCGGGCUGUCGUGAACAAGGCCGUGGCUCUUCUUCAAGAUAAUUACCCGGAAUUUGUGGCUAAAAAUAUUUUCAUUAAUGUCCCUUUUUGGCACUUUGCUUUACACUCUCUGCUGUCUCCUUUCUUGACUCAAAGGAGCAGAAGCAAAUUAGUCUUUGUUCGACCAUCUAAGACUACUGAGACUUUGCUCAAGUACAUUCCAAUCCAAGAAAUCCCGAUCCAAUACGGUGGACUCAAGCGAGAUGAAGAUUUCGAAUUUACUAUUGGCGACGAAGAACCUAAGGAGAUCGUGAUCAAAGCUGGUUCGACCGAAAUCGUUGAAAUUCCCACACCCAAGUCUGGAACUACAUUUAUCUGGGACCUUAUAGUUCUGGGCUGGGAAGUGAACUACACAGAAGAAUUCGUGCCUGCAAAAGAGAACUCUGUUAAUGAAUUUUCAUGGGACUAA